CCUUUUUACUCAGCCAGACUUGGUCAUUACCAAAAAAAACAAAAUAUUUUUUUGAAUAAAAUAAAAAAAACCAAAAACAAAAACAUUUUCUCAAAUUUUUUUCUCCCUUUCUUUCAUUGCUUUUCCGGUGUGAAAAAAAGAAAAGAAAAAAAAAAAAAUUUGCAUAUAUAUAUAUAUUUAUAUAUAUUGUAAAACAAAACUAUAAAAAAAUAAUUCUUUUUUUUUUUCAUUGUUUUCAAAUCAGAUUUAACCCAGACGAAAGCACCAUUGAAGCUUCUAUCUUUCCAUAGAAAGGUGUUUUUAUAUAUAUAUAUUCAUGCUUGUUGUGAUGCUGCAACAAAAUCUGCAUUUUCUCUCUCUCUUAUGCAUCUGUAAAUUUUAGGCCUUUGGUUGGAGUUGUGGGGGCUAUUGCUUACGUUUUUGGGUUUUAUUAAACCAUAUUGGAAAACAAGUUGGUGAAAAAGGAAUUCAAAAAAGAAAAACACAAAGGACAAGUCUUUGUCUGAAAAACAAAAAAUCUUUUUUUCUCUCCUCCUUUUGAUUUGAAUUUUUUUUUUUUCGUUUUUUCCCUUUGAUUACGAAAUUUUAAUUAUUAUUGAUUGAUCUAUUUGUUUUUAGAUUGUUCUUUGCUUUUUUCCUAGAUUUUUAAUCUUACCAAAAGAUUAAAAAUCAAAAGACAAAGGCGUGCCUAUUUAUGUUUGAAAGUUUUGAUUUUCAUUCUGAAAUAAGAAAGACGUGUUGGGUUAUUACCAUUUCUGUGUUAGUCUCUCUCUCCUUUCUCUCUCUACCUCUGUUAUGCUCGUUUGCAAGCUGUAAUUCGCUUUAAGACUCAUCUUUCAAGUCAUAGCUCUCUCAAUACCAACACCUAGCAUUUCUCUAUCUACAUUUUCCACUUUCUCUCUCUUCUUCUUCUUCAUUAUCCAUAGGUUUGCUUCUCUCUCUAAAAUGGGAUCAAAUUCAUAGCUUUUUCCGUUCUGGGUCAUCUACAUUCGAUCCAUCUGAGCUCCUUAAAACGAGCUUGUAGUCCCUCCGACAUUGAUUUCGCGAACUGGGUCUUUGGGAUUACGACCCCAAAAUGGCACCGUCGUUCGAUUGGUGGACCAAAGAGCCACACCGAGGAACGCCGGUGAUCGUCAAGAUGGAAAACCCCAACAACUGGUCCAUGGUCGAGCUCCAAGGCCCCGCUGACGACGACUUCCUCCUCCACGGCCACGGCGACUCGUCGCCGGGUCGCCACCGCGACAAAUCCCGCAACAAGAACGCCAAGCAGCUCACAUGGGUCCUCCUCCUCAAAGCCCACAGAGCCGCCGGCUGCUUGACCUCCAUUGCCUCCGCAAUGUUCAGCGUCGCCGCCGCCAUCCGCCGCCGCGUCGCAGCGGGAAGGACAGACGCCGACCCCGACAACGAUACCGGACCCAGUGCCAAUAUUGCCCCCGAGAACUUGACCGUUAAAGCCCGUUUCUAUUUCUGCAUAAAGGUGUUCCUUUGGCUCUCUGUUCUGCUACUAGGGUUUGAGAUUGCCGCGUAUUACAAGGGUUGGCAUUUUGAUCCUCACAACCUGCAAAUACAAUAUCUAUCUAUAUUGUCAACCCCAUGGGAUGUGAGGGGCGUGUUUGAUUCGAUUUAUACAAGGUGGGUUUUGAUGCGGGUCGAGUACUUCGCUCCUCCUCUGCAAUUACUCACCAAUGUGUGUAUAGUUCUGUUCCUUAUCCAGAGUUUGGAUAGGGUAAUUCUGUGUUUGGGUUGCUUAUACAUCCGGUUGAAGAAGAUCAAACCCAUCCCCAAACUGGAUGCAAUCGAUCUCGAGUCUGCUGAAGAUGACGAUGGUUUCUUCCCCAUGGUUCUUGUUCAGAUACCCAUGUGUAAUGAGAAAGAGGUUUAUCAGCAAUCUAUUGCUGCUGUAUGCUGCUUGGACUGGCCUAAAUCGAAAUUGCUAAUCCAAAUUUUGGACGAUUCGGACGACCCGACAACGCAGAUGAUGAUCAAGGAGGAGGUUCAUAAAUGGCAGCAUGAGGGUGCCCGCAUUGUCUAUAGGCAUCGAGUAAUUCGAGAUGGGUACAAGGCUGGUAAUCUCAAGUCCGCCAUGAAUUGCAGCUAUGUCAAAGAGUAUGAAUUUGUUGCCAUUUUCGACGCCGAUUUUCAACCCAGCCCCGAUUUCCUGAAAAGAACAGUUACCCAUUUCAAGGGUAAUAAGGAACUAGGUCUGGUUCAGGCAAGAUGGUCAUUUGUGAACAAGGAUGAAAACCUACUAACAAGGUUGCAGCUCAUUAAUUUGGCUUUUCAUUUUGAGGUGGAGCAGCAAGUGAAUGGAAUUUUUCUCAAUUUUUUCGGGUUCAAUGGGACUGCUGGUGUGUGGAGGAUAAAGGCUUUGGAGGAGUCUGGCGGUUGGUUGGAGAGAACUACGGUUGAGGACAUGGAUAUUGCCGUCCGUGCUCAUCUCCAUGGAUGGAAAUUCAUCUUUCUAAAUGAUGUGGAGUGCCAAUGCGAAUUACCGGAAUCUUAUGAAGCUUAUAGGAAGCAGCAACACAGAUGGCAUUCUGGGCCUAUGCAGUUGUUUCGUCUCUGUUUGCCUGACAUUAUCCGAUCAAAGAUCAGCAUUGGGAAGAAGGCCAAUUUAAUUUUCCUCUUCUUCCUCCUAAGAAAACUGAUACUUCCCUUCUACUCGUUCACCCUUUUUUGCAUAAUUCUCCCAAUGACGAUGUUCGUCCCAGAAGCUGAGCUUCCGGCAUGGGUUGUCAGUUACGUCCCAGCAGCUAUGUCAUUUCUCAAUAUACUGCCUGCCCCCAAAUCAUUUCCUUUCAUUGUUCCCUACCUUCUUUUCGAAAACACCAUGUCAGUGACCAAGUUCAAUGCCAUGGUUUCUGGCCUAUUCCAGCUUGGAAGUGCAUAUGAGUGGGUUGUCACCAAGAAAUCAGGCCGGUCUUCGGAGGGUGAUCUUAGCGCUUUGCUGGAGAGAGAGACAAAGCAUCACAGGGGCGUGUCAGUGCCCGAUUUAAAUGAAAUGCGGGAGGAAAUUAAUCAGGAGCAGAUGGCUUCUCGGAAAAAGAAACAUAACAGGAUGUAUAUGAAAGAGUUAGCAUUGGCCUUCCUUCUUCUCACAGCUGCACUAAGGAGUCUGUUGACUGCUCAGGGUAUCCAUUUCUACUUCUUGCUCUUUCAGGGGAUAUCCUUCCUGCUGGUGGGUCUGGACUUGAUUGGUGAGCAGGUUGAGUAGCGAAAAUUGAUAGUCUAAUAGUCUAUAUUUGAGAGAGACAGAUUGUGUAAAUCGAGCCAACUUUUGUGGCUGUCACUGAAUUUCAGCACCGAGGAAAUAGCACAGUCGGGGGCAAAUUUGGAGGUCGGGAGUGAGGCCUGCUUGUCCUCCACCUCCAGAACCGAAUCCUAGUUCCACCUGAUAGGAGAAGAAUUAUGUCAGCAGGACCAGCAGGUUUAUGAUGGAGAUAGAGAGAAGCCAUUAGAAAAUGGCAAUGCUCUCUGCAAUAUUCAAAGGUUUUCUUUCUCUUUUUUGUAUCUUCUUUCUUCUGGAUUCUUUUGUUUUUAAGUACUAUUCUUUGUAAGAAAACUUCCCCUUAAACACGGAAUUUUAGUUACAGUUCAAUUAACAGGAGAGCAGGUUUCGCUCGCUGCUCUUUAUGCUUUCAUAACC